UAAAGGCUGCCGGCAUCAUAAUAAUAACAUAGUCUUAAAGCUUCAUUACGAUGGAGCGCUCGGGUUUUAUUGUGUUGGCCCUUGUGAGCUUUGUGACAGCUUCGCCUUAUGGAUAUGGCGCGAAAAGUGGAGCAAUAGCUAAAGCUGAAGCAAGUGCAGCAGCUGGUGCAUUUCCGCCUGCGAUUCCACUCAAUAUACCUAAUGGUUCUGGAUUUUCUGGAAGCUUCUCGAAGUCCUCAUCUUCAAGUUUCGCUUCAUCAAGUGCUAGUGCCAGUUCGAGCUCUAGUUCAUUUAGCUACAGCGGAUCUGGAACUAAUGUUAUUCCUGGUUUAUCGGGAUGUCCCGGCGCAUGUAACGGCGCGGGUGGUAAAAAUGAAGUAGGUUUCACUCAAGGAUCGACUGAUGGAUUAAAUUCAAAUGAUAAUAAUAGUGCCUCAGCUGGUGCAAAAGCAGUUGUUAAUGGUCCUGUUAAUGGUCCUUGCACUGGAACUAACUGCAAUGGCUAUGACAAGAAAUGUACAAAAGCAAAUUGUGAUGUAAACGGAAACGGAAAUAACCCCGAAAAGCAACCUGCAUAUUCAAGUUCUUCCGAAAAUUCAGAGCAAGACCUCAAUAAGCUAUCUAAUGAUUAUAAUGUAAAUAUUGCGAGAAAGCCUCAACAGAGCUUCCAAUCUGGCUUAAAUUCAAAACCAGAAAAUGGACAAUCAGCAGAUAAAAAAACAUUUGUUCAGCUUAAUACUUCCGAUAAGAAAAAUAACAAUGGUAAUAUAGAUGAACCAGAAUGUGAGUCACCUGAUUGUGAUGGGUUUAUUCCACAUUCAAAUGACAAUACACAGAAUCCUAAUAAACCCUCCUCAUAUUUGCAAACUCCAUAUAAGGAAAAUGAGUGUACAACCCAUGACUGCAUUUCAGGAAAUUUUAAUUCGAAUCCAGGAUCUGGUAAAUUACCAUCAAGUUACAAUGUUCCUAUACUUGGUGUUGAUAACAAUAAUUACCAUAAACUGUCCCAGAAUUGUAACAAUGGACAAUGCCAGCCCCACAACGGCCAAAAUCCACAAGAAACUAUCACUGAUCUUUCUUAUCAAACAAGUGCACAAAAAGGCCCAAAUUGUGCUUCAGGUAACUGUGGAAAUCCAACAAACCAACCAAACGUACCAUAUAAUCCAUCCUUCCAAACUUUUAAUCCCACGUCAGCCGCAAAACCUACCAUCGAAUCUCAUAGUUCGAAGGGACCACAUCCAUCCCACCAGCCUAGUAUUUCUUCCUAUCAGCCUUCUGGUUCAACCACACCGCAAGCAAACCCUUCUGAACCAGGUAGUUUAGCUGGACCUAACGCAUAUCCGUCCUAUCAGCCUGGUAGCCCAAAUAGAGCAAACUCUUAUCAGCCCACUGAUACUGCCAAUGAACCUAAUGUUAACCCUUCCUACCGUCCUAAUGGACCCACUUCACCUCAAAUAAACCCUUCUUUCCAAUCUAAUGGACCCAAUGGUAACCAUGCUUAUCAUCCCAGUGGUUCUGAUAAUGUCAAUUCUAACCCGUCCUUCCCACCUAGUGGUCAGACUACAACAAAGGCUAAUUCUGCUUAUCAUCCCAGUGGUUCUGUUGCCCCUAAUUCUAAUCCCUCCUUCAUGUCAGGACCAAGUGGUCCAUCUGGAAUCAAUGGAAACCCUGCCUUUCAGCCUAGCGGGUCUAGUGCCCCCUAUCCUAAUCCUUCCUUCCCAACCAGUGGUGUGACUGGACCUUAUCCUCACCCUAGUUAUCAACCCAGUGGUUCUGCAGAGACAGCACCUAGUGCUAACCCAGCUUCUAAUCACCCAAGCGGUCCUGUUGCUUCUCAUUCUAGUCCUUCUUUCUUACCAAGUGGACCAAAUUCAAACCCCCAUUUCCCAACACAUAAUCUGGCAGGAUACGAACCAAACCCUGGAAGGGUUUCUAAUGGGCAGACUGAAUCUAAUGGAAAAUCUUCCUACAAGCCCAAUGGCUCGAACUAUGCUCCAACUAAGGGUAAUAAUAAUCAAGAUCAUAUUUCUGGUUACAAUAAACCUUCCAAAUCUGAAUCGGAUUCAGUAUUAGUAUCCUCGGCCAAAGGCAAUGAAAUCUACACUGGAGGCUUUGGUGGUCCCAGUGGUAUUCUCAGCACAAAUAAUGGCCCACAUCAUUCAAAUGUACCAAAACCCAGCCAAUCUCCUAAUGGAAACCCUUCAAAUGUUGUUCCAACCAAUGGACAUCCAACACCUGUUUCGUUUAAUGAUAAAGAUAAACCAGUUUAUACCGGUGGAUUUGGUGGUCCAGCGGGAUUACUAAAACCAAAUGAGCACACAAUUCCACCUAAUGUUAAAACACCAGCGUGCUCAUCAGGUAAUUGUGGCACAAAUUCGAAUGGUGGACUGGUGGUUGCAAAUGCGGUAGCCAAAGCAGACGCAGUGGCAUAUUCAGGUGGUUUUGGUGGUCCACCAGGACUUUUAAAAGCUUAUGAUGGCGGUAAAAUUGACGGCAAACAGGGACUUAAUUUAAAUGGAAAACAUUCCAACGGGCAAAAUGAUGAAAAUGGAAACGCUUCUCAGUCUCAAAAUACAAAUGCCGUUCCGGCCGGGGCACAAGCUAACGCUGUGGCAUCUGCGUCCGCGACUGCUUUUGCUGGUGGUUAUGGUCAGCCAGGAGGAUGUAACAGUGGCUGUUCCAACAAUAAUAAUAAUAACAACACCACAGGUCAUGGAAAUAAUGGAGAUAAACAUGCGAACAAUCAAGGCGGAGCUAUAGCUAACGCAUCUGCUUCAGCUAGAAGUGUUGCUGGUGCUUAUGCACAAGGAGGAAGUGUUGCCUCUGCUAGUGCUCACGCUGCUGCUGGCAUUAAAGGAGGUUCAUGGAGAUAAAAAGACUGACUCGGAAGAUAUUUCUGGAGUUUAAUGAACGUUGUUUUUAUUAAAGUUGUAAUGGUAGGACAAACGAUUGAUGUGAUAUUAUGUAUGAAAUAGUAUUAAUUAAAAGUAGUACU